AUGCUUCUCCUUCGGGUCUUCUCCUCGCUGUCCCUCGCUCUGCCGUCUGUGCUUGCACAGGCCAGCAGCGAUGCGGCUUCCGAGCUCGCUGCGCUGUCCAAAGCGCUGCCACCUUGUGGACUGAAAUGCUUCAUCACCGGACUGGCGAGCUCGAAAUGCACCGAUGCGGCGUGCGUGUGUAGCGACGCAGAGCUCAUGGCGACCGUCACGACUUGCGUAACCUUGAACUGUACGAUUCCGGAUGCAUUGGUCGUCAAGAACGUCUCCAGCACAGCCUGUGGCGUGCCGGUGAGGGACGAGGGAACGCACUACAACAUCGUCUCGGUCACCUUGGGAGUCAUAUCGGGCGCAACAAUCAUCAUGCGACUGGGUUUCAAACUGUUCAUCGCCAAGACUGGUCUUGGCCUCGACGACUGGUUCAUACUCGCGACGAUCCUCGUUGGCGUUCCCAGCAGCGUCAUCACCUCUGAAGGACUGGUUCCCAACGGUUUAGGAAGAGAUAUAUGGACAUUGAAACCUCAGCAGAUCACUAAUGUUAUACACUACUUUUAUUUCAUGGCCUGGCUCUACUUCCUUCAGCUGGCCUUGCUCAAGACAUCUCUACUGUUCUUCUACCUCAAGAUCUUUCCAAACAAGACUGUGAGAUGGCUACUUUGGGGAACUCUGGUCUUCAACGGAAUAUGGGGUAUUCUAUUUGCACUGCUCGCAGUUUUCCAGUGCAAACCUAUCAGUUACUUCUGGGACCAGUGGGAUGGGCUUCACACCGGCACUUGCCCCAUCAAUACUAAUUCUCUUGGCUGGGCAAACGCCGCAAUCUCUAUUGUCGAAGACGUGUGGAUGUUGGCAAUUCCGCUCUCCCAGCUUCAUUCGCUCCAGCUUCACUGGAAAAAGAAGAUUGGUGUGGCCAUCAUGUUUUGCACGGGCACCUUCGUAACCGUCAUAUCUGUUGUCAGAUUGCAAAGUCUGAUUACAUUCGGAGACACCGACAACCCGACGUGGAACAACUUGAAAGUCAGCCUCUGGUCAACAAUCGAGAUCAACGUGGGCAUCAUCACUUGCUGCAUGCCAACAAUACGCCUGAUAAUGCUCCGAGCCUUCCCACGGAUGUCGUCGACAUACCGAAGCACGCAGGCCUACUACGCAAAGAACGGGAUGAGCAGCCAGUCGAAGGUCAAGCGCAGCCGGAACCGGACGAACGAGUUCAGCAGCCAUGAGCAGCCGGGGAACACCGCGCAGCGACCGAACGGCGGCGGAAUCGAAUACUCCCGCGGAUUCACGGUGCACUUCCACGAUGCCGAAGCGUCAAGCCAGGUCCAGCUAAGAGACCUGGACCCCAAAGGGUUUGCGGCCAAAACCAGCAUCAGCGAAUGUUCGGCUUGA